CCGCCCCGCCGCAUCAUGGCGCGCUGGCUCCGCGACCGCCUGCUCUUCCGCAGCGCCAAGCCCGCGCCGCCGCAGCCGGACUACGCGGCGGGUCCGGAGCAGCCCGACCUGCUGGCCGCCUACCGCCUGCAGCGCGAGCGCGACUUCGAGGAUCCCUACGGCGGGGGCUCCGCGCCGCCCGCCGCCCGCCGCUGCCGGUCGCCCCGCCGCCGGCUCAUCCGGGUGGAGGCGGCGGCGGCGGAGAGGGCGCCCGCCGCCCCCGGGCUUGGGGACCCGCCGGGCCAGAAGGAGAGCCAGAUGGCAAUUCUUCAAGACUAUUCAGAUCCAUUUGAUACAAGGCAAGAAACUAGCAGUCAGAUGAGGGAGCAGGAAAGGGAGAAAAAUGAAGGCUACGUGGAACCAUUUGAAGCUCAGAAGCUCCUGGCUGAGGUUCAGAAGAAUGGGUCCAAGGAAGGACUUGCCAGCCAAAAGCCUCUGCAUUUGUACGACACUCCCUACGAAGCCCCUGAGAAUGAACCAGGCCCAGAUGUCCAGCCUUCUUCUGAGCCCCUUGUCCCCUGCCGCUACUCAUGGCUGCCAGAAGAUGAUGAGAGGCCUCCAGAGGAGUACGACCAGCCUUGGGAGUGGAAAAGGGAGCGGAUCUCCAGAGUCUUUGCUGUGGAGAUUGAAGGAAUCAAGGACCUGCCGUGGCCUCCACCUGUUGGACAGCUUGAUAGUUCGACUAACCACUCAGAACCGGAGAAACACCUCGUUCUCCAAAGAGGCUUAUCUGCAGAUGUCCCAACAGGCCUCCAGAAUGCCAACACCAGCACUCCCGACUCCCCAGCUCCAUCCGGCCUCCUGGAUGUCAGUAGCACAGGAACGGUGAAAAGCCACAUGCUGGAGUGCACAGAGGGAAAGAGCGCCCCCUGCUGGCUGAGCACAGAGGAAGGGACCGCUUUGGGUGAACACGUCAAUCCUGCUCUGCCGCUCGAGAGCCAAGCGUGGUAUCAUGGGACCUUGAGUCGGGUGGAUGCUGAGGGCCUUCUCCGACUUUGCCGGGAAGCAAGUUACCUGGUUCGAAACAGUGAGAGUAGCCACGAUGCCUUUUCCCUCUCUCUGAAGAGCAGUCAAGGCUUCCUUCACAUGAAACUCUUGCAGACAGAAGACAACAAGUUUGUCUUGGGCCAGCACAGCCCUCCCUUUGACAACAUCCCAGAGGUCAUCCACCACUAUGCCAGCCACAAGCUGCCCAUCAAGGGGGCUGAGCAUAUGUCAUUGCUUUACCCGGUCUCUACCCAGCCCUCCAAUUGCCUUUCUGCAGAGCAGUGACUUGCACUGAAGGACCCAAAAGCCAUGAGCUGGAGGUGUGUGUGAAAAUCCCAGGUUGGGUGGAUCAUUUGUGGUCUACAUGCCCUUAUUGAAUGGAGCAGGCAGGAUUCACAGUGAGGUUGGAAACUGUUCAUUGGUGAACCAGAGGCAGGGGUCUGCAGAUCGAAGAAUGGCUGUAUCCUCUUCUCCAUAUUUGCCAGCACAGCCCUAUCUUGCAUGUUGGACUCCAAAGCAUUCUUUAAGGGUGCCAGGUCAUCCUUCUCUGUGUAGGGAGUGGUCAGUUCUGAGACUGGCCUUGCAACUGUCAUCAAAUCCAGUCUCUUGCGCCAAUGCCCCUGCACCCUCACCCCCCAACUCCUGAAUUCCAUCUGCUUGGUGCUUAACCAUUCCUACCUCCUGGGUAGUCUAUUCUACUUCUUCAUGGCAGUAUAUGCGAUGGAGGCCUUGCAGAUCAAGUGUUUGUAGGGUCCAGUAUUGUGUCCAUCAACACUUCUUUGGAGGCAGCUUGAAUGUCUGAUGACAUCAAGAGAAGGGACCCAGAAAGGUGUAAAUCAGCUAAUGCCCCAAAUGCCUCUUUAUUUCACCUCUGACUUUGGAAAUGUCAUUCUUCAACCAACAGAGUUAUUUAUAUAUCUGUGUCACUCUUUAGAUCUUGGUCUAUUGCAACUUGAUGUCCAGCCAAGAAGCCCUGAUCAACAUAAAUGGAUUUAAUGAGCUACAGGAUUAGUUUUGAUGGGUUCCAUCCCAUGAUUUGGGGGGGGGGGGGUUGACAGAGUGCUACCCAGAUAGAGAAGGCUCUUCCAAUUCCUUGACUAAGAGAACAGAGCUCUCUUAGAUGUUUCACCUGACUCCCAGGAUUGAUGGAUUUCUGCUGCUGCUAAUUGGAGAGCAGAUGCAUUGAGAAGAUUGCUAUCUGGACUGAGGGCUAAUGGACUGAAAAACUAAACAGAAAGGAUUUAAAAAGAACAGCCAUAUCUCAGUGCUAAAACAUGUUUGGUGUGCAAAGGUUGCAGAUCUAAUUCCCAGGAACUUCCACUAGGAAAGAAUCAGGCUGCGCUAUAAUGUGGAAGACUUCUGCUGGAUUGCUGGAAAACUACUAUUGGUUGGAUCAAUAGUGUGGGCCAGGUGGAUGAAGAAGCGGCUUGCUAUGGAGAGUCUUUGCAUGUGGCUAGAAGCAGUUCUGUGUUAUGAAUUUACCCAGGAUACAUUGUGAAACCCUUAUUUGGUAAGAGUUGAGUUGUCUUUUUUUGGUUCCUUCAAGCAAAUAAUAAAAACACAAAAUGGCAUACUUGGA